AUGGAUGGUGGACUUCACAGUGUGGCUAGACCGUUCAAUGCCUCUGACUCUGAAAAGCUUCAUUCCUGUUCUGAGUGCGGGAAAUGUUUCCUUCAUAAAACAGAACUUGUCAUACAUUGCAGAUCUCAUACUGGCAAAAGACCAAUUUCCUGCCACGAUUGUGGGAAAUUAUUUACACGGAAAUCAGACCUUGUUAGACAUCAGAGAUCUCACACGGGGGAGAAGCCGUAUUCCUGCCCUGAGUGCGGGAAAUGUUUUUCCCAGAAAUCAGGCCUUGUUAUACAUCAGAGGUUGCACCUGUGGGAGAAGCAGAAUUCGUGCCCUGAGUGUGGGAAAUGUUUUACAAAGAAAUUAGAUUUUGUUAUACAUCAAAGAUCUCACACGGGGGAGAAUCUGUAUUCGUGCCCUGUGUGCGGGAAAUGUUUUUUACACAAAUCACGCCUUGUUAAACAUCAGCGAAUUCACACAGGGGAGAAACCGUAUUCCUGCUCCGAGUGUGAAAAAUGUUUUUCAGAAAAAUCAGGCCUCAUUAUACAUCAGAGAUAUCACAUGGGAGAGAAGCCGUAUUCUUGCACUGAGUGUGGGAAAUGUUUUUCACGGUUGUUCUGUCUUAGCGCACAUCAGAAGAUUCACACAGGCGAAAAGCCGUAUUCCUGCACAGGCCUUAUUAUACAUCAGAGAUCUCACACGGGGGAGAAGCCGUAUUCCUGCCCUGAAUGUGGGAAAGGUUUUACAAAGAAAUCAGCCCUUGCUUUGCAUCAGAGAUCUCACACGGGGGAAAAGCCGUAUUCUUGUCUUGAGUGCGGAAAAUGGUUUUCACGCAAAACAAGCCUUGAUAGACAUCAAAGAUUGCACACGGGGGAGAAGCCACAUACCUGCCCUAAAUGUGGGAAAUGUUUUACGUGGAAAUCACAAUUUGAUAGCCAUCAGAGAUCGCACACGGGGGAGAAACCUCAUUCCUGCCCUGAGUGCGGGAAAUGUUUUGCAGAUAAAUCACACCUUGUUAGACAUCAGAGAUUACACACGGGAGAGAAGCCGCAUUCUUGCCCCGAGUGCGGGAAAGGUUAUACACGGAAAUCAGACCUUGUUGUUCAUCAGAGAUCUCACAGCGGGGUGAAGUCCUAUUCCUGCUCUGAAUGUGGGAAAUGUUUUUCACAGAAAUCAAAUCUUGUUAGACAUGAGAGAUCUCAUACGAAAUGUUUUUCACAGAAAAUAGACCUUGUUAGACAUGAGAGAUCACACACGGGGGAGAAGCCAUAUUCCUGCCCUGAGUGUGGGAAAUGUUUUGCAAAGAAAUCAGACCUCGUUAUACAUCAGAGAUCUCACACGGGGGAGAAGCCGUAUUCCUGCCCAGAUUGCGGAAAAUGUUUUUCACACAAAUCAGUCCUUGUUAAACAUCAAAGAACUCACACAAAAUGUUUUUCAGAAAAAUCAAGCCUUGUUAUACAUCAGAGAUCUCACACAGGGGAGAAACCAUAUUCUUGCCCUGAGUGUGGGAAAUGUUUUUCACGGUUGUUCUGUCUUAGUGCACAUCAGAAGAUUCACACAGGUGAGAAGCCCUAUUCCUGCCCUGAGUGCGGGAAAUGUUUUUUACACAAAGCUGACCUUAUUGUACAUCAGAGAUCUCACACGAGGGAGAAGCCACAUCCCUGCCCUGAAUGUGGGAAAUGUUUUACAAAGAAAUCAGACCUUGCUAUACAUCAGAGAUCUCACAGGGGAGAGAAACCGUAUUCCUGUCCUGAGUGCGGGAAAUGUUUUACACAGAAAACAAGCCAUGAUAGACACCAGAGAUUGCACACGGGGGAAAAGCCGUAUUCCUGCCCCGAAUGUGGGAAAUGUUUUACAUGGAAAUCACAAUUUGUUAGACAUCAGAGAUCUCACAACGACGUGUAG